CCUCCUUUCUCUCCUCUGUCACGACAUUUCGCAGGGUAGCCAGCCGUCAGUGGUUUAUGCCAAACGCAGCCACUUACUCGAGUUUCAUUCGCCCUGACGACGCUGGAACACCGAAAUCGAUUGUUCCUUUUUCUUACAUGUGCCAAUGAUUCUCCCCACCAAAACAGCCAUGCGACCAGACUUGUUCUGCAGUGAAUAUGGUGUGCAGGCGGGUGAAAGCCACCCUCUCGGACGGAAUGGGCUACACCAAGCACAAGGCAGACUGCGGUACAUUAUCCGUACUUGCAUAAACGCGGAACAGAGACAAGCGAGCGGAAUGUCCACCGAGUCGGAAUCCGACUGAGCCAUCGAACCACCCUCUCAUUACGACCUGGCCUAGAAAGCAAGCACACACAGGGCCCGAGGCUGAAGCCUGCUUCCAGGCGGUGAUCUUGUCUAAUUUUGAAGUGAAAGAGGGGACUAGUCGCGAAACGCUAGUCCCGGCUUGUUCGACGGCGUCAGCUUCAUACGCCGGACACUCGCCGGCUGGUCCGCUAACGACGGGAAACCCGACUUCCAACGGCAAGAUGUUGUGCUUGUCGUGCCCUCGAUGUCGUGAAGGAUUCCACCGUCCCCUUCGUCGCGCUCCUGGAGAGGCCGAAAGCCUUUGUCACAGCCCCAAUCAACAAGUACUCAGGGUCUCUAAAGGCAUCUGAGCUACAUAACUGCCUACAGAGCGUCGAGUCAGGGCUUAGGAUCAAGGCAUCAGCAGCAUUGCGUCUGUCGUAGAUCUUGGGCGCAGAGUCUCACCAAGCCGAGUGCAUGUUUCGUUCUACGUUAUACUUCGGAGAGUUCUGAAAACCCUAGAACAUUGGCACGCCUUUUGAGCACCAAAACGCACCGAGGAUCAUACAGCCUCUCGUUACUAUGGUCUCCAUUGAACAAUCCGGUCGCCAGUGGCUGUCUCGCCUUGCCAUUCUCGUCCACGCUAAGUCGCCUCUUGUUGUUCAGCUCUGGUAAGCCACAAUGGGUCCGAAUGUGUUGUAAUUGGGUUGGCUGAACACUGGAUCCCUGACUAGCCAAUUCCCCCCGAAUCAAGCUCACCAGCCAAGCUGCGAAAGAGCUAGUCUAGGGCUGAGCAACUCGCGGAUCGAACUGUUGCCCAAGUCGACCAGGCAUGUACGGGGUCCCGCGUUGGUGCUCGCGCCUCGUGAACCCUCUGCUGGUCAAGCUCGUGUGGUGCAACAGUGAUGAGAGACACAGGGGAACACAGCGGCAGCCUGGUUUAUAACAAUGGCGCUCAGCCUCUAGGCUCUUCGGGCGUUUCCCCCCCCCCCCUCUCCCUCCUCUCUUGCCUGAUUUCUCCCCGGGUCAUCUUGACGUAUAGCAGUGUUGAUUCAUCUCCCUUCCGUUACCAACCCGCUUCGACACGGCUCGACCAAGAUGGCGAGCUCAUCUCGAUUCAUUGCCGGCCUGGCCGUUCUCUCAAGCCUCGCCAAUGCCAAGGUGUACAAGAUGCCCCAGGCCACGACCUCGUUCGACUUCCCCCUCGACCAGUUCAGCCCCCAGCCGACAAAGGCGCCUGCGUACGCGGAUCUGAGGAGGCGGCAGACGUCGACGAUCACGACCGUCCUUGUCGCCCCGGAUAACACGUGCGGCUACAUCUCCGGCCGUGCCGGCGCCGCUUACACCUGCGGCUCUUCCGCCAGCUGCAUCUUCUUCACCGCCGUCGACAGCAGUACCCCCGGCCGUGUCGCCUGCUGCGGCACCCAAGAGUGCGGCGCGCGGCGCACAUGCUACGAUUCCAGACAGGUUUCCUCGUCGAGUCUCUGUGAUGGCGGUUGUCUCGUCGACCGCUUCACUCUCAAGUGCACCAACACUGCGCGGCCGUAUUGCAACACCAUCUCCUUCUCGGAGAGCAUCUUCGACUACUGGUGCAACACGGCCGAGAUCUCGACCCCUCAAGCCGCUUUUACUACAUACGAAGGCCAGUCCGCCCGGCAAUGGUCCCCGCUGGCCCUGACGGACGACCCCACGUCGACCAGCACCGGUAGGAUCACCACUUCCAGCGUCACUACGACGGUGGACCCCGGCCCGGUCACCUCGACUUCGGCACCGGACCCCGACAAUGACACAAAAUCAGCCCCCAUCGGCGCUAUCGUGGGCGGUGUCGUGGGCGGCGUCGCAGUCAUCGCCCUCGUCGGCCUAGGAAUCUGGUUCCUCCUCCGCAAGAAGAAGCAGAAUCCCCAAGGCCAGCAGCAGCAGCAGCAGCAGCAGCAGCCUCCAAUGAACCAGCAGCAUAUGAGCUACGCGCCGGGGCCGGGACCACACGGCUCGCCGCCGCAGAACGCCGCGAUCACCCACACCCAGUCCUUCUACGAUCCCAAGUUUGGCGGCCAAGGUGGCUACCCCCAGAGCUUCGGCGGCACACCGCCUCCGCCCCAGCAGGGCGGGUACCAGCAGCCGUACUACGGCGGCAACAUGGCUGUGCCCGACCGCGCCGACACGACAAGCCCCGGCGCCGUGUCGCAGAUGACGCACAACCGCCUCAGCACGCAGCCGCAGCCGCAGCCCGUCAGCCCCAGCGGCACGCCGGGAGGGUUCCAGCAAUAUGGGCAGCAGCAGCCUCAGCAGCCUUUGCAGCCUCAGCAGCCGCCGCCGACGACGAUUCACGAGGCACCGACGAAUGGCGACGGCCACCGAGGGCACAUGCACGAGCUCGCCUAAGGCCGGACGAGAGUCGUCGUAGCGGGCUCGCCCUGUGUUUUUUGUACAUUCUGUCGGAACAUUUUGUCCUUUCUAUCUGCUGUAUUUCUCUCACUUGAAUUCUUUUUGUAAUGAUCCUUUGGGAGGGCAGGGACCGGCGAGGCGGGCGGUGCAGGGCGUUUACUGCAUCAC